ACCGAUGUCGCACAAUCGCACGCACGCCGCACCACCGCAACCGUUCAAAAUGCGAACGUUACUUGUGACGUUGGCCAUCUGCAUUGCUCUCACAAACGCUGCUCAAUCGGAUGGCAGAGCGCGCAUAGUAUGCUACUUCAGUAACUGGGCGGUGUACCGGCCAGGCGUUGGCCGGUACGGGAUUGAGGAUAUUCCGGUUGAUAUGUGCACACACAUUAUAUACUCAUUCAUUGGAGUCACCGAGAAGAGUAGCGAGGUGCUCAUCAUUGAUCCUGAGUUGGAUGUAGAUAACAACGGUUUCCGCAACUUCACGUCUCUUCGCUCAUCUCAUCCGAGCGUGAAGUUUAUGGUAGCAGUUGGAGGCUGGGCAGAAGGUGGUUCCAAGUAUUCACACAUGGUCGCACAGAAGAGCUCCAGAAUGGCAUUUGUCAGAAGUAUUGUUGAUUUCCUAAAAAAAUAUGACUUCGACGGCCUGGACUUAGAUUGGGAGUACCCUGGUGCAGCAGAUCGUGGUGGUUCAUUCUCCGAUAAAGACCGGUUCUUAUACUUGGUGCAAGAAUUGAGAAGAGCCUUUAUCAGAGCUGGCAAAGGCUGGGAGUUAACUGCUGCUGUACCGCUCGCUAACUUCAGAUUGAUGGAAGGAUACCACGUGCCUGAACUUUGCCAGGACCUAGACGCUAUUCAUGUAAUGUCAUACGAUUUGCGUGGCAACUGGGCCGGCUUUGCCGAUGUUCAUUCCCCUUUAUACAAGCGACCACAUGACCAGUGGGCCUAUGAAAAACUCAAUGUGAAUGACGGUCUUAGACUAUGGGAGGACAAAGGCUGUCCCACCAAUAAGUUGGUGGUUGGUAUACCGUUUUAUGGUCGAUCCUUCACCCUGUCUUCGGGAAAUAACAACUACAAUCUGGGAACAUACAUUAACAAAGAAGCAGGUGGUGGCGAUCCAGCCCCUUACACGAACGCUACUGGUUUCUGGGCUUAUUAUGAAAUUUGCACUGAAGUCGAUAAGGAGGAAUCGGGCUGGACUAAGAAAUGGGAUGAACACGGAAAAUGUCCCUAUGCCUACAAAGGCACCCAGUGGGUUGGUUACGAAGAUCCCCGCAGUGUGGAAAUCAAGAUGAACUGGAUUAAAGAAAAGGGUUACUUGGGUGCUAUGACCUGGGCUAUUGAUAUGGAUGACUUCCAAGGGUUGUGUGGCGAAAAGAAUCCUUUAAUAAAGUUACUUCAUAAGCACAUGAGUUCAUAUACUGUACCACCGCCACGCACGGGAAAUACUACUCCUACACCGGAUUGGGCGAAGCCGCCGUCGACGCCGUCCGACCCCUCGGAAGGGGAGCCGAUUCCCACUACAACUACAUCGAGACCGAGUACUACGGCCAGACCGGCUACGACUACUAGGCCGUCUAUAACUACUAGGCCUACUAUUGCUGCUAAGCCGACUACUACUUCGACUACGCAGUCACCUACAACAUCUACGGCAGCAUCUACUAGCACUGAUAUUGAUGUUGAGCAGCCUGUGGAGAACGAGAUCGACUCUCCUGACGAUGUAUGCACAUCUCAACAAGACUAUGUUGCUGACAAGAAACACUGCGAUAAGUAUUGGCGCUGCGUGAAUGGAGAGCCUGUCCAGUUUACAUGCCUUCCCGGGACCGUUUUCAAUUCGAAACUCAAUGUCUGCGAUUGGCCUGACAAUGCUAAACGCCUCGAUUGCCCACCGUAAACUUAAUUGUAUAAUUAAUAUUAUAAUUGUAAUUUCACGUGAAUAGGAAUCUUUAAUUGUUACGUGUUUGUUUGUAGUUGUCAGAAUUGUUUCUGUAAAUGAUUUACAAUUGUGACAACAUUUUUUUAAUUAAAUGAAAUAAUAUUGUCGUGUUUUGUUCCCUUCGUAACAUAAUACGCUAAUGUUAUAUAUAAUAGAGAAUACUAGUUAAAAUAGAUUAGUGCAGUGGUUUUUUUUUUCAGUGACAAAAAUCAAAAUGUAGUUCAAAUAUAGUUCGUGAUAAUUAUUAUCAGAUAGAAGUUUUGUUAUAUAAAUACUCAUAGUGUAAAAUGAUAAAAAACAUGUAGACUAAAUAAUUAUGAACAUUAAGAAUUAAUAUGUAAAAUUGGUCGUUGUCGAAGACUGUUAGUGAUUAAUCGUAUCGUUUUUAGUAGAUUACAGUUUAUAAAAAUGUUUCGUUUAAAAAGCUCCUGUAUAUUAUUAUGCGAUAAGUUAACGCAGAAAACAUAAUAUUAUUAAUUUCUUGGAUAAUUUGUUACAAGCUGGCGUGGCUAUCGUGGCAGCCAAUUACACGGUUCUCGACUUCAACGGAAUUUAAAUGAAAUUUUCAGAACUCCUGAGGAGUGGUCUCGUCUCUAACUAGGUUAUUUUAUGUUAAUUAAUUUAUUUCUAACAAUAAUUGAUACGUAAUAAAUAUCGUUAGCAAAUUAAAACAA